AUGAAAGACCUCUUGUCCAAGAAGAAAAAGCUCACUAAUAUUGAAACUUUUGUCACAGAAGGCUGUAGUGUUGUUAUGACAAACAAGUUUCCUCCUAAAUUGAAAGAUCCUAGGAGCUUUACCAUCACAUGUUCAAUUGGCAAUCAUUAUUUGGGUAAGGCUUUAUGCGACUUGGGAGCUAGCGUUAACCUAAUGCCACUAUCUACUUUCAGAAUGUUGAGAAUUGAUCAUAUGAAAUCUACUACAAUAACAUUACAACUAGCCAUUCGAUCAUUGGCUCAACCUGAAGGGAAACUAAAAAAUGUCUUAGUUCAUGUGGAUAAAUUCAUUUUUCCGGCUGAUUUUAUCAUACUUGAUUGCGAGGCAGACAAGGAGGUUCCCAUAAUCUUGGGACGGCCAUUUUUAGCCACUAGCCGAACUCUUAUUGAUGUUUACAAAGGUGAACUAACCAUGCGACUUAAUGAUGACAUGGUUGAAGCUAAUAAUAUUGAACUCAAGCAUGGAUGGCAGAUUGAAUCCUUAGACCUAGCCAAUAGAACAACCCCAAUUUUCAAACCAUCUAUUGAAAAAGCUCCUACUCUGGAAUUGAAACCACUUCCUCCUCAUCUUGAAUAUGUCUUUCUAGGUGAUUACAAUACUCUCCCAGUUAUUGUCUCCGUAACACUGGAUGUAACUCAAGAAGAGAAAUUGGUCUAUAUUCUCAAGUAA